AUGGCUGCCUACGACGCAAGGAUCCAUAUCUUGCUCGUGCUAUCCUGUGGUUUCUACCUCGCAUCUCACGCCGCCGCACCGGCAUCCAUCGACUGCAGCGGGUGGGAUGCCUCCGAUGUGAUCUCUUGCGAUGAUGCCUUUCUUGCAAUGGGAACCCACAUGGGCCGAUUGAGUUUCACUGACUAUAUGUUGUGCAUUAUGGAUGAGGAGACUCGGGAUCCUCGCUUCAGGCGACUCAGGCGACCAGUUAACUGCAGAGCCAGGUUAUUAUCUGAUCUCACUUCCGCGUUUGUUGAAUACGAACUUGGAACUAGGCUUCUUUCUGAGAGCAUGGGUGGAAUAUACGUCCGUAGAGCCAUGACCACGAGGAAGAAACGGCCUGUUGGGGUCCGCGGGAAGAUCGCGUCAUCGUGGUUGAUGCGAGCAGCAGUGAUUGGGUCGCCUUUGCUGGCCUUGAUAUGCACCGUGCCACCCCUUGUGCUGUCCUGCGUACCCAGAAAGAGGACGCGGCAGAGCACAUCGGCUGUGGAACUCGGGCGAGGAUUGGCACCUAGGCAGUUUCGCUACAGUGAGCUUGUCGCCGCGACGGCCAAUUUCGCCGAGGACAGAGAGAUCGGAAGAGGGGGGUUCGGUCCGGUGUACAGAGGCUACUUGAGUGACCAAGAUCGUUAUGUGGCCAUCAAGGCGCUCUCGCAGGAGCAGACGAUCGUGCAGGGGCGCAAGUUGUUUGAGGCAGAGGUCAACAUCAUGAGCCGGCUUAGGCACCGCAACAUCGUCCAGCUCGUCGGCUCGUACCGUGGCCGGAAACGACUAGCGAUUGUCUACGAGCUCGUCUCCGGAGGCAGCCUUGACACCCAUCUCUACAGUCCUGACAGACGCUUAACGUGGCCAGAGAGGUACAAGAUCGCGCUCGGCCUGGGCUCUGCCUUGCGGUACCUCCACACGGAGUGCGAGCAGUGCAUUGUGCACGGCGACAUCAAACCCGCAAACGUGAUGCUCGACGCGUCGCGCGACGCCAAGCUCGGCGACUUCGGGCUAGCGAGGCUCGUCGACCACGGAGCCGAGCCACGGACAACGCAGUUCGUCGCGGGAACCCUCGGGUAUAUCGACCCGGAGUUCCUCGGCAGCGGCAAGCCGAGCGCCGAUUCCGACGUGUACAGCUUCGGCGUUGUGCUCCUCGAGAUCGCAUGCGGUCAACGGCCGACGUCGAGGCGGCCGGAUCAACCCUCGGCCGCGCUGCUGGCGUCGGUCCGUGGCAUGUACCACCGGAACCGGAUCGUCGACGCGGCAGACCGGAAGCUGAAUGGCGAGUUCGACAGGCUGCAGAUGGAGCGUCUGCUCGUGACAGGGCUGUGGUGCGCGCACCACGACCCGUUGCAGCGGCCGUCCGUUGCGGAGGCCAUGGAUGUGCUACGAUCUGCAAACGCCAAGUUGCCCGUGCUAGCAGAGAUGAGUGGUGCUGGGGAGGUUCGGUCUUUGGAGGCACAAGCUUAUGGCGAUGUGUCUGCCGAGAGCUCUGCUUAUUUAACAACUGAAAGUGCGUCCCUUAUGACCGAUGAUUCAGGGCACUCCCAAUGCAUCAUAUGCUAA